AUGCAUCUCCUCAAAAUUGGCCCUCAUGGUGAGGUCAGCCUUACCGACAACUUGAUCACAGACAUUCCGCCCUACGCCAUACUCUCACACACAUGGGGCUCGGAUAAUGAGGAGGUGACUUUCAAGGAUCUAAAAGAUGGAUCAGGCCAGUCGAAGGCGGGCUAUACCAAAAUCCGGUUCUGUGCGGACCAAACGCAAAAGGACGAUCUGCAAUAUUUCUGGAUCGAUACAUGUUGUAUCGAUAAGACGAACCUCGUCUCUCUCGCAGAAUCAAUUGUGUCAAUGUUUCGGUGGUAUCAAGACGCGCAAAAGUGCUAUGUGUUCCUGUCUGAUGUUUCAGCUCAGAAACGCGACAACACAGGAAAUGUUCACAUCUGGGAAUCCACCUUCCGGACAAGCAGGUGGUUCACCCGGGGCUGGACGCUACAAGAACUCCUUGCUCCGAGACAAGUCGAGUUCUAUUCUCGCGAAGGUGUACGACUGGGUGACAAAACUACGCUUGAGCGGACCAUCUCCGAAAUAACGGGAAUCCCUGAAACAGCUCUUCGUGGGAGACCUCUUCGAGAAUUCACCCCUCAGGAGCGGAUGCGGUGGGCAUCCGGACGCGAGACAAAAAGGACAGAAGAUAAGGCAUACUGUCUCUUGGGAAUUUUCAAUGUGUCUAUGCCAGUUAUUUACGGCGAAGGAGACAAAGCCUUUGACCGGUUGAAAAACAAAAUUGCUAAAGAGCAUCGGAGGGAGUUGGAUGGUAUUGAGCAAGUUCCUCUUCUCUCGUCCUCCAAGAACCUUGUUGCGCCCCCAUGUGGGACAACUACGACUCUUCCAGAGAAAGAAAUACGUAUUGACCGUCGAAAGACGAUGCUGGCCUCCCUCGGCUUUGAGCAAAUGGAGUCCCGUCAGUCCUCUAUCAAAAAUGCCUAUUCUACUACCUGCCAAUGGCUGUUGAAACAUCCGGCUUAUGUGAAUUGGAUUGAUCCACAGCAGAUACAUGAGCACCGUGGGUUUCUAUGGAUCAAUGGGAAGCCGGGGGCUGGGAAGUCGACUCUGAUGAAGUUCGCUCUUUCACAGGCUUACAAAGGGACAUCUGAGGGGGAGAUUCUUCUUUCCUUCUUCUUCAAUGCUAGAGGAGACCAACUGGAAUACUCAACAGCCGGCUUGUACCGAGCUCUACUAUUUCAACUCCUUACAAAGAUUCCUAACCUCCAGGAUCUGCUGGAUGACCUAGACGCACUAGAAGAUCGAAGCGAAUCUUCGAUGUGGACAAGAGAAAAGCUGUGUGAACUUUUAUCUACAGCUGUCACAAGACUCGGCGACCGGCGACUAACCUGCUUCAUUGACGCCCUCGAUGAAUGUGAAGAACAACAGAUUCAAGAAAUGAUCAUCUUCUUCGAAGAGCUAGGACAGGAUGCGCUCCAUUAUGGAACCCAGCUCUACAUUUGCUUCGCUAGUCGCCACUACCCGACGAUCGACAUUCAGUACGGUCGACAGCUGACAUUGGAAACAGAAGACGGUCAUGCUGAGGAUCUGGGGAAAUAUGUCCAGAGUCAUCUCCGAGCUGGAAAAGCGAAGUCAGUUGAGAGGAUUAGAACACAAAUACGAGAAAAGGCCAAUGGUGUCUUCCUGUGGGCGGUUUUAGUCGUUCCAAUGCUCAACGACGAAUUCAGGCGCGGACGUAUUUGGGCGGUCCAGAAAAGGCUCGAAGAGAUACCUGCUAGGCUCAGCGACCUCUUCAAAGAGAUCUUGAGUAAAGACUCUGUCAACAUGAAUGAUUUGUUGCUCUGUCUCCAAUGGGUCUUGUUUGCAGAACGGCCGCUGCGGCGAGAAGAGUUCUACUUUGCAAUGACGGCCGGUCUCGCUCCUGAUUCUGAGUAUAUGACCGCCUGGGAGUCUGAUUGGAUUACUGAAGACGACAUGAACCGAUUUGUGCUCAGUUCAUCCAAGGGUCUUGCAGAACUUACGAGGUCGAAACCGCCGACAGUGCAGUUCAUUCACGAAUCAGUGCGAGACUUCCUCCUCAAGGAUAAAGGCCUCUCGGAGCUGUGGCCGGAUCUCGAGAAGGGAACCACCUUGACCACCUCUGAAGGGAAAAGCCACGAAUGCCUAAGGCAAUGCUGCUUGAACUAUCUCAGCAUCGAUGUUGCCAGCCACCUGGAUAACGUGGACAAAUUGCCGAAGGCAUCGACGGAAGAAGCUGCGCGCCUCCGCCAAUGUGUCGGCGAAAAGUUUCCGUUCCUAGAGUACGCGGUACGAAAUGUUUUGUGGCACGCCGACAAGGCACAAGCCAAGGAGGUUGACCAGAGUGAAUUCAUCCGCACGUUUCAGCUCGCCAGAUGGGUAUGGCUUGCGAACCUGGUCGAAAGACACGAAACACGCCGGCACACUCAGAAGGUGACCUUGCUAUAUAUAUUGGCGGAGAACAACUUGUCCAGCCUGAUCAGAGUUCACCCAUCCAAUUUGUCAUGCUUCGAUGUCGAAGGUGAACGUUAUGGGCCCCCGAUCUUCGCAGCCCUGGCUACUGCAAGCGACGAAGCAGUGCAAACCUUCUUGCAAAUUCAGGUAGAUGCCCAACCCACAACAUCUCUUCUUCGUGUCAUCUACGACCAAUAUUGUCAUUCUGGAAACAAGCCAAACCAUUUUCCACGCACCUUCACUUUCUCACAACGAAAAGGAAUUUUCAAUGCACUCAUAGACCAUGACGAUGAUAUCCUUCUUGCAUUCUUCUGUGCUUGCAGCAAGACGGCCCUCAAGCAGAUCGGCAGGGAUGUUGAGGUGCCAAUUAUCUGGGCAGCCAAGAAAGGGCACGUGGCGAUGGUGAAGCUACUACUCGAGCGUGGUGCCAACGUUGAAUCUGAGGAUCGUUGGGGUCAGACACCACUAUCGCUAGCGGCUGGGAGCGGGCACGAGGCGACCGUGAAGCUACUACUCGAGCAUGGUGCUAAUAUAGAAUCUAAGGAUUCUAUUCGGACACCACUAUCGUUCGCGGCUGGGAACGGGCACGAGGCGAUAGCGAAGCUACUACUCGAGCGUGGUGCCAACGUUAAAUCUGAGGAUCGUUGGGGUCAGACACCACUAUCGUUCGCGGCUCAGAACGGGCACGAGGCGAUCGUGAAGCUACUACUCGAGCAUGGUGCUAAUAUAGAAUCUAAGGAUUCUAUUCGGACACCACUAUCGCUAGCGGCUGGGAGCGGGCACGAGGCGAUGGUAAAGCUACUACUCGAGCAUGGUGCUAAUAUAGAAUCUAAGGAUUCUAUUCGGACACCACUAUCGUUCGCGGCUGAGAACGGGCACGAGGCGAUCAUGAAGCUACUACUCGAGCAUGGUGCUAACGUUGAAUCUAAGGAUUGUUAUAGUCGGAUACCACUAUCGUUCGCGGCUAAGAGCGGGCACGAGGCGAUGGUGAAGCUACUACUUGAUAAUGGCGCGGAUCGAGAAUCUAAGGACAAGCAUGGUCGGACACCACUAUGGCAUGCGGCUCAGAACGGGCACGAGGCGAUCGUGAAGCUCCUACUCGAGUAUGGUGCUAAUAUAGAAUCUGAGGAUUCUGGUCGGACACCACUAUCGAUCGCGGCUGAGAAAGGGUACGAGGUAGUAGUAAAGCUACUACUCGAGCAUGGUACUAAUGUAGAAUUUGAGGAUUAUGGUCGGACACCGCUAUCGUUAGCGGCUGAGGGUGGGCACGAGGUAGUAGUAAAGCUACUACUUGACGACGGCGCGGAUCGAGAAUCUAAGGAUUAUGUAGGUAAGACACCACUGAUUUGGGCGGCUAUAAUUGGGAACGAGCAGGUAGUAAGGCUCCUACUCGAGUAUGGUGCCGAACGAUAUGCUAAGGACAAGUAUGGUAAGACACCACUACAGUAUGCGAUUCAGAACAAGCUCGAAGGCGUCGUCAAGCUACUCAUGUCUUACCAGGGAGAAGGGCCACCACUGUCCCCAGAGGAGCAGUCAACAGGAUCGGAGUCGAGUACUACGACUCCACAAGCAGAACCCUCAGAGGCUCUUCCCGUUGAGCAGUCAGGGCCAUGA